AUGCCCUCCUUUAAAUUUGUGCAUGAAGAUAGUCAAAUGUAUUAUAAAGACCUAGACAACUUGUUCAACCAUGGCAAGAAGGGUGGGAAAAAAGGGCUAACUGAUAAGCACAAGAAGUGCAUUAAAGAAUUUGUUGCCAAAGAUGCAUCUGUCUAUGUUAAAGAUGUGAUGGACUAUCUUAUCUCAGUAUUUGGAGAGAUUGAUGUGUUGAAAGAGACUAUCAGGAGAUUUAUAGCCACUACAGGAAAAAAAGAGGGUCUGCCGGGGGUUCACUGGGGGGCCACUCAGAAGGUCACCCAGAUGGGUGUUUUUCACCUACCCACUUUUUUACCUCCUGCCUGUUAUGGAUUAUUGUAUAACCUCACUCAUUGA